UCUUGACCUCAUGAUCAGCCUGCCUUGGCCUCCUAAAGUGCUGGGAUUACAGGCAUGAGCCACCACACCCGGCCUAGCCACAAGAUUAUUAAUAGUUGUGAUGUUUAAUGUUUUGUGCCAACUUGCCUGCAUUAAGGGCUACCGAAAUAGUUGGGAAAACCUUAGUAUAGGAUGUGUCUGUGAGAAUGUUUAUGGAAGAUAUUAGCAUUUGAGUCUGUAGACAACGUAAAGGAGGUCUGGCCUCAUCAGUGUUAGGGGGCAACAUCCAAUGCUUUGAGAGCCAAAAUAGAACAAAAAGGCAGAGAAAGAGCAAGUUACUCUCUCCUUGUCCUGGGUCAUCCACCUUCUGCUUUCCAACAUUGAAGUUCUUGGAUCUUGGGCCUUUGGACUCUGGAAUAUACAAGAAUGACCCUCACCCAGUUCUCAGGCCUUCAGCUUCCAACCGGGAAUUUCACCAUAGGCUCCCUUGGUUUUCAGGCCUUCAGAUGCAGACUGACUACCACCCAACUUCAUGAUUUACCAGGUUGCAAAAGGCAUAUCCUGGGACUUCUUAGUCUCCAUAACUGGAUGAGCCAAUUCCCAUAAUAAAUCUCCUCUUGUACAUCUAUGUACCCUAUUUGGUUCUGUGUUUCUCUGGAGAAUCCUGACUAACACAAUGGCUUUCAGCAAUUUUCAUUUCACAACUGUUUUUCUGAGAUAAUCUCAACUCCCCUUGCAGGCACUGUCCCUGCAGUAACAGUAUCAAUGAUCAAAAUUUCCCAUCAAAGAGAUGAAAGCUAGGUGUCCCUAACCUUUAUUUUGGCAUUCUGGUGUCCCCUUUGCACAAGUGCUCUGACUGUGAACACUACAGACACUGUUCUACUUUAAAAUGACAUAUGCUAAGUGGCUCUUCUGUUUAGAAAGUUGCUACAAUCCUAAAAGAGGCAUAUCUAAGAAUAUGGAGGAAGAAAUAUUAUAUGAAUAAAACACCGUUCCUUACAGGGUUAGACACACUUACUGAUUACACAGGCAGGAGAGGCAUUUUCUGUGAGAACCAGAGACAGAAUUCCACUUUCGUCCACCUGCUUCGGUGCGAUCUAACGGAUGUUUUAUCAUUCCUGUCGUGGCUCUAUGUAAACUCUAUUUCCCUCAUUCCUUACUGAGCAUAAUGAAAUUCACAAAGCUGACUCUAACAUUCUACUCUACAUAAAUGUGUGGAGAAAGAAGGUAAUGUUUACUAGGUUCUCACCAUGGAUAGAGGCAUUUUGUAUCUGAAUGACUCUGACUACCUAGGUGACUAGUUGUACACAAUACUCUCCAAAAAUCUCUGUAUGGUACCUUAAAAAAGCAGCGAAGCUCCUCCCUGGUCCAAGGAGGCUGAAGACACCACCUCUCAGGCUUCCCCUCCACUUUUCUCCAUAGCACGGGGCCAUUCCUCCCUGAGGUCCAGGAGAAGAGCAAGCUCUGCCAGCCCAGGAAGCGGUGAGAACUACAUUACCCAGAGGCCCGUGCGCCAGGCACUUGGCGUGAAGCCAAUGAGGUCCAGGUGAGGGACUUUUCCGCUCUGCCCAACUUGUCUGGGCGGGACUUCCGGCGUCCUCCCAGUGGCGGGCACUUUGGCUUGUGUCAGUUCCAUCCGCGGGUGCCGGAUCUGGACCCAGGUGCUGACAGCGAGAAGGCGCGAGGAGAGUGGUUUUCCCAGCUGCACAGCCGGGGCCUGACGGUCGCCGGCGGUGGUGAUUGCUUUGCUAGCGUCCCCGCCCGGAUCGUCCACCGCUCCCGGCCCGCUGUGCCCGGAGUCCGAUGGCGGCGGCAAUGAGGGCCGCGACCUCGCAGGGUUUUGUAGCCUUUGAGGAUGUGGCCAUUUACUUCUCCCAGGAGGAGUGGGAGCUCCUUGAUGAGACGCAGAGGCUCCUGUACCACGAUGUGAUGCUGGAGAACUUUGCAGUUAUGGCAUCCCUAGGUUGUUGGUGUGGAGCAGAACAUGAGGGGGCACCUUCUGCAGAGAGCAUUUCUUUGGCAGAACUGUCACAGGGCAGGACUGCAAAGGCAGAUACAUCCACUGAUAAGAGUCACCCCUGUGAGAUUUGUACCCCAGUCCUGAGAGACAUUUUACAAGUGAUUGAGCUCAAAGCCUCACCCUGUGGACAGAAAUUGUACUUGGGUGGGGCAUCAGAUUUCUGGAUGAAUUCAAACCUUCAGCAGCUCCAGAAGCUUGACAAUGGAGAGAAGCUCUUUGAAAUGGGUGGGGACCAGGCCUCAUUUAUGAUGAACUACAGGUUCCAUGUGUCAGGAAAACCCUUCAUGUUUGGGGAAGUUGGGAGGGACUUUUCAGCCACCUCAGGACUUCUCCAGCUUCAGGUGACUCCCAGCAGUGAGAGACCACACAGCAGGAUUCGACACUUCAGAGUUCCCACUGGACAAAACCCUCUCAAAUACACUGAAUCCAGGAAAUCUUUUAGAGAAAACUCUGUAUUCAUUCAACACCAAAGAGCUGACUCUGGAGAAAGGCCUUACGAGUGCAGUGAAUGUGGGAAAUCCUUUAGUCAAAGUUCUGGCUUUCUUCGACACAGGAAAGCACACAACAGAACAAGCACUCAUGAAUGUAGUGAAUGUGGGAAGUCAUUUAGUCGCAAAAGUCACCUAACUCAACACCAAAGAGUUCACACUGGAGAAAGGCCUUAUGACUGCAGUGAAUGUGGCAAAUCCUUUCGCCAGAUAUCUGUCCUCAUUCAACAUCAACGAGUUCACACUGGAGAAAGGCCUUAUGAGUGCAGUGAGUGUGGGAAAUCUUUUAGCCACAGCACUAACCUCUAUCGUCACAGGAGUGCCCACACUAGCACAAGGCCUUAUGAGUGCAGUGAAUGUGGAAAAUCCUUUAGCCAUAGCACUAACCUCUUUCGACACUGGAGAGUUCACACUGGAGCAAGGCCUUAUGAGUGUAGUGAAUGUGGGAAAUCAUUUAGUUGCAAUAUCUACCUCAUUCACCACCAAAGAUUUCACACUGGAGAAAGGCCUUAUGUGUGCAGUGAAUGUGGGAAAUCAUUUGGCCAGAAAUCUGUCCUCGUUCAACACCAAAGAGUUCACACUGGAGAAAGGCCUUAUGAGUGCAGUGAAUGUGGGAAAGUUUUUAGCCAAAGUUCUGGCCUCUUUCGACACAGAAGAGCUCACACUAAAACAAAGCCUUAUGAGUGCAGUGAAUGUAAAAAAUCAUUUAGUUGCAAAACUGACCUCAUUCGGCACCAGACAGUUCACACUGGAGAAAGGCCUUAUGAGUGCAGUGUAUGUGGGAAAUUUUUUAUCCGAAAAACCCACCUCAUUCGACACCAGACCGUUCACACUAAUGAAAGGCCUUAUGAGUGCAAUGAAUGUGGGAAAUCCUAUAGCCAAAGCUCUGCCCUCCUUCAGCAUAGGAGAGUUCACACUGGAGAAAGGCCUUAUGAGUGCAGCGAAUGUGGGAAAUCUUUUACCCGCAAAAAUCACCUCAUUCAACACAAGAGAAUUCACACUGGAGAAAGGCCUUAUGAAUGCAGUGAAUGUGGGAAAUCCUUUAGCCAAAGCUCUGGCCUCUUAAGACACAGAAGAGUUCAUGUGCAGUGAAUGUGGGAAAUUAUUUUGUCACUUUUCUUUUUUUUUUUUUUUUUGAGAUGGAAUUUCGCUCUUGUCACCCUGGCUGUGAGUACAAUGGUGCAAUCUGGGCUCACUGCAACCCCCGCCUCCUGGGAUCAGGUGAUUCUCCUGCCACAGCCUCCUGAGUACCUGAGAUUACAGGCACCUGCCACCAUGCCCAGCUAAUUUUUGUAUUUUUAGUAGAAACAAGGUUUCACCAUGUUGGUCGGGCUGGUCUUGAACUCCUGACCUCAGGUGAUCCACAUGCUUCGGCCUCCCAAAGUGCUGGGAUUACAGGCGUAAGCCACCAUGCCCAGCUUGUGUUGUCACAUUUAACACAAGAUUUCCCAAAGAAGAAAGGCCUUAUAUAUUCUGUGAAUUUGUGUGUUUUUUGUUUGUUUGUUUGUUUGUUUUAAUUUGGUAUGAUGGCGCUAGCCUUUGAGAAGAGCCUUCUCCUGAUGUGACUCAUGUAGCCAAACAUCUAUGGAUUCCCCAUAAAUUUGAGGUAUGUGGGAAGCAUGUCUAGCUAUGUUGUACUCUCUAAACCUGCCCAGGGACCUUACCAGAUUCAUAUCACUGCCAGUUUCUGUGGCUGAAGCCUUUUCAUCUCUACCCCCUGGGAGACCCACAGAGUGUUCAUCAGUCACCACCCCAGCAUGCUCAGGGAGGCAGCCUUCUUCCAUUAGUUGGAGGAAAGUAUGAGUAGUCUAAGCUCUUAGGGGGAUUUCUCAUUUCCUCCUCUGGCUACAUAGUGCAUGUAACUACCCCAUUGUUGGCCCCAGGACCUGCCCUGAAUUCUGCUGGCAGCUUCCAGAGGACUGCCUUUUUUGAGGGCAUUGUUGAUCUCAGGCAAUGCUUGUGAUGAAGCGUUUUUUAGCUUCCACCACGUACCAGGAACUGCCUGUUAACUGGCUUGUGCAAUGAUAAAGGCCUUUUGUUUAAGUAC